UCCUUCCAUUCGUAUUCACACAUACAGAAUAUGAUGGUAAAACUAAACUUGUGUGUGGUGUUAUGUUGAUGGGAAGUGUCAUAUGGUUAAAUUAGUUAAUGUUUAUGUGCAUAUUGGUAGUACCACUCAUGGAUUAUUAUCAUACUAUAAUAUAUUUUUCGUUUGAUUGUGAUAUUAUGUGGAUUAUUUAAGUCAGCCGAAAGAUGGCUAAUUUACCUGGCAGAAGAAAUGGGGCUAUGAAAAUCAGACUAACCAUUCUGUGUGCUAAAAAUCUUGCUAAAAAAGACCUGUUUCGUUUGCCCGAUCCCUUUUGUAAAGUUAGUGUGGAUGGAUCUGGUCAGUGCCAUGCUACAGAAGCGUGUAAGAAUACGUUAGACCCAAAGUGGAACCAGCACUAUGAUUUGUAUAUUGGAAAUAAUGAUUCUAUAACAAUUAGUAUAUGGAAUCAUAAAAAAAUACACAAAAAACAGGGAGCUGGAUUUUUAGGAUGUGUUCGUAUUCCAACAAAUUCUAUUCAAAGGCUUAAAGACACUGGUUAUCAGCGAUUGGACUUGACUAAAGGCCAUGCUGAUGACCCUGAACCUGUGAAAGGACAAAUUGUUAUAAGUCUUCUUUCACGAGAUGGCCGGGGUUCAGGAAGUGUAAAUGUUGUAAUGGAUCGUUUAGGCAAUUUAGGGUUUUCUCCUGAUGAAUUGCCGGAAGGGUGGGAAGAAAGAAGAACAGCUUCGGGACGAGUAUAUUAUGUGAACCAUUUUACUCGGUCUACACAAUGGGAAAAACCAACAAGAGCUGCAUAUGAGAAUGAGCCGGCCAAUGGGCUAAGCAACAAUAACAACAAUUGUCGACCAGUUAGCCAAGUGUGUAAUAAUGCUGUCAAUAAUAAUUCAUCAAAUUCAUCUUCAAACAUGAACUCUAAUUCCAGUUCAAAUAAUAAUAAUAAUAAUAACUCUAUUAGCAACUCUGAAAAUACUAAUAAUUCUAGUAAUGGUGUCACUAGUAGUAGUGGUCAUUCCAGAAGAAGAUCAACAAGACAUAGAAACUAUUUGUCAAGAAAUCACCUUCAUCAAGCUGUUGAACUUCCUGAUGGCUAUGAAAUUAGGACAACACAACAAGGACAAGUUUAUUUUUAUCAUGUUGCUACUGGAGUUAGUACAUGGCAUGACCCUCGAGUUCCUAGGGAUCUAGCAGGAAUUAAUGUAGAAGAACUUGGGCCACUUCCAGCUGGUUGGGAGAUGCGUCACACGAUGAAUGGACGGGUUUAUUAUGUUGACCACAAUAACAGAACGACUCAGUUCACAGAUCCUCGUUUAUCUAGUAGCUUAGCUGUUCAAAAUAUGCUCAAUACCAGAAGAAGUAGUGGUACAGAAAAUAGCAGUACCAUUCCUAAUGGCAGAGUUCCAGAUCCUCCUCAAGUUAUCCCUCCGCCCAAUCACAACCUGAGUGCCAAUAGUUCAAAUAAUCAGCCGCCACCACUGCCUCCUUGCAAUGCACCAGUUCCUCUGUCUGUGGAAAUAUCAGACAUGCCUUAUUCAAAGCAGAGGAGAGAUUUGGUUCAGAAACUUGCUGCUCUGCGGCAAGAAUUGCAUGCAUUGCAGCCACAAUCUGGUCACUGUCGUCUAGAAGUUUCUAGAAAAGAUAUAUUUGAGGAAUCUUAUCGUUUAAUAAUGAAAAUGAGGCCAAAGGAUUUAAGAAAAAGACUAAUGGUGAAAUUUAAAUCGGAAGAAGGUCUUGACUAUGGAGGUGUAGCAAGGGAAUGGCUUUAUUUAUUAUCCCAUGAAAUGCUCAAUCCAUAUUAUGGCUUAUUUCAAUAUACAAGAGAUGAUAUUUACACCUUACAAAUCAAUCAUGAUUCAGCAAUUAAUCCUGAACAUUUGUCAUAUUUUCAUUUUGUUGGCCGAGUGAUAGGGUUAGCAGUGUUCCAUGGCCAUUACAUUGAUGGUGGUUUUACUUUACCAUUCUACAAAAUGCUACUAAAUAAGCCUAUAACAUUAGAUGAUAUUGAAGCUGUUGAUCCUGAAUUGCAAAGAAGUCUGAAAUGGAUGCUAGACAACAAUAUAUCUUCAGUCAUUGAUACAAAUUUUGCUGUUGAGCACGAUGCAUUUGGUCAGAUUCAGGUGCAUGAAUUAAAACCAAAUGGGAAAGAAAUACCAGUGACUGAUGAAAAUAAGCGAGAAUAUGUCAGACUUUAUGUAAACUAUCGAUUCAUGCGAGGAAUCGAACAGCAGUUUUUAGCAUUAAUGAAAGGUUUCAAUGAAUUAAUACCACAACAUUUAUUAAAACCUUUUGAUGAAAAAGAGUUGGAAUUGAUUAUUGGUGGUUUGGGGAAGAUAGAUCUGGAGGAUUGGAAAAUAAAUACACGAUUAAAGCAUUGCAAUCCUGAUACCAAUAUUGUUAAAUGGUUUUGGAAAGCUGUUGAAAGUUACAAUGAAGAACAAAGAGCUCGACUCCUUCAGUUCGUCACAGGCAGCUCAAGAGUGCCACUUCAAGGUUUCAAGGCUUUGCAAGGUUCUACUGGCUCUGCAGGACCAAGACUUUUUACUAUUCAUCUUAUUGAUGCAAAUACAGAUAAUCUUCCUAAAGCUCAUACAUGUUUCAACCGCAUUGACAUCCCUCCGUAUGAAUCUUACGAGAAGCUAUAUGAAAAAUUGACUCAGGCUAUUGAAGAAACAUGUGGCUUUGCAGUGGAAUGAAAAUAUUUAUUGAAAUGUCAGAUAUACAUUCAUGUUACUGUAUCAGCUGAAGCCUUAUGUUAAUUUCUUACUGCCUUUGUGUGUUAAAACUAUUUGAAUAGAAAAUGGCUGAAACUGUAAAAAAAAAAAUCCAGAACUGUUGAAACACUGACAAAAAUCUAAUCAUGGAAUGGUUUAUAUAAACAUUUUAAAAAAAUGUAGCAGUAUUAACUGAAUUUUGAACACAUUAUUGUACAAAGUUUUAAAUUGAGUCAAAAUUUUAAUUAAUUUGUAAAAUGUGAAAUUUUUCUGAAUUUCCAUUAUAAUUUUGUACAUAAAAGUGAUGAAAUUUGUAUAGAAAACAAAGAUAUUUUUUUACAAUUAAUUGUAUUCUUGGGUUAUGAUUUAAAUAUUUUUUAUAUGGUAAACAGUAGAAUGUUUUUUGUGUAUGUGUGUUCAUUACAAUUUACAAGACUGAUGCUUUUCCUGUUUAAUCUUUCAAUUAAAAUAAACGGUAUAAGUACAAAUUAUUCUUAAAUUUAAAGUAAAAUUUUAAUUUUUUCUAGUUUUUUGCAUACAUUUGUAACCAUUCAAAAUCAGAGGUAUUUUAUAUUGAAACAUUUUAAAAUUUUCAUAAUUUUUUUUUAUGUGUAUCUUGUUUGUUACAUGUGUUUUCAACAGUAAAAUAUUUCUUAGCUUCUGAAUUUUCUUAUUAUUGAGCAAUUUUAAUUUUAUAUUUUUAAAAAUAGGAGCUUAAAUUGAGUUUUAGAUGUUUAGACAGAGUGUCCAAAAUUUUUGUAGAUAUUUUUCUAAUAUUUCCUAUUUAGGACACAUAAUUUAUAAUGCAUAGUUCUUUGCAAGUACUGUAUAAAAAGAAAAUAAACAUAAGUUAUUUUUAUAUUUUAAUCCAUUCACUCUUAGUUUUAGAUAUGAAUAAUCUGUAAAUGUGUAGUUCUGUGAUGUCAUAACUCAUGGUACUCUUCAGUUUGUUAUUUAUAUAAAAUGUUUGUUUUCUAUGUUUAGUGUAAAAAUGUGGAUUUAAAUAAUGUAUUUUAACAACUUUGAAAAGUUUAUAUGGUUUUUAAUGUAUUAUUGCUGAUUAUGGUCAGUAUUUUGUAAAAAAGAAAAAAAAAGAAAAAAAAAAUUAGUGUAUGUUUAUGUCUUGAUUCUUAUUCUUGAUUUAAUUGUGGUGUUAUAAAAAAAGCAUACAUGUGAUAAAAUUGCCAUCUUUUGCUAAACAAAAUGUUUGUAGUUAUGUUGAGAAAUUUCUUUGAAUAGUUUCUUUCUAUAAUUUCUUUAGGAGCUGUGCUAGCAUUAUCUAUUAUUAAGCUAAAUAGUCCUUCCAGUUUUGUUUAUUCCUAGUAAUUUAGCACUGAAUUAAAAUUAGUUUUUUUUUAUAUAAAUUUCAAAAAAUGCAUAUCUAUAUUCCUUUGAUAAAGAAUAAUCACUAUAUUCUUUAGUUUUCUGUUUGGUUUCAAUAUUUUAUUUGCAUUUCAAAAACUUCUAUAAAACAAAACAAAUUCUAUAAAACAGAAAGAUAUUGUGUCUAAAAUAUCAGACAAAUCUAUGCGUAGGGAACUUGAAUACUUCUUGUGCUAUUUGUAAAGAAAGGGGAAGAAAAAAAAACUUCACAUCCGAAAUAUGUAUAGGUAUUUUUGUAUUGAAAAUUUAUAUUUUAUUAUUGCAUGCAGUUUUUCUCAAUUUACAGCUUUAUUUUCAGUAUCUGUCAUAAAAGGAAUUCAAAAUAUAAUAUAGUAAUAGGAUUUUCUUGUAUGAGCUAAUAUGGAUAAGAUAACUUGGACAUGGAAACAUUACAAAUGAAAUAUAUACAUAAUGAGAUGUGUCAGAAUCAUGGGUGAAAAUUAUCAUUGCUAUAAAUAAAUUGAAUCCUUUAUCUUUGAAUAAUGGCUUUUGAAAUCCUAAUUUAUGUUAUGUUGUAAAGCUGACUCCAUUUUUGACUCUUUAAAAAUCUUGUACAAAUUAAUCGCUUUUUAUCAUGAAUUAAAGACUAAAACUGAUGUAAAAAAUUAGAAAUCAAUCUUUUAUAUUAUCCAUCUGAAAUAAUUAAUGAAUGCUGAUAUAUGAUUGAAUAAAAUUUGUUGAUUUACAGAUUGCAUAUAAUGAAUAAAAACUGAUAUUCUGAUAUUAUAUCAUUGUAGCAUGUGAUAAACCAUCUUGUUUCAUCAUUUUCUUUCUGUGCAUAAUACGUUAGACUUUCAAUGAAAAAUUUAUUAAUAUUUUUUUUAUAGUGCAGGAUAUUAGAAAAUUUUAUAUUCUGGAAAUUUUGACCUUGAAACAAAAAUAUAUACUUUUUUUGAUUUAGUCGAAAAUAAAUUAUUUAAGUCUACCAUUCUACAUAUAUACAAUUUAAUUUUCAAAUGCCUUUAAGCAACAUACCCUAUUUUGAAAGUAAAUUGAAGAUCUAAAACUUUUAUUAUUUCAACUUAUACCAUAUAUAGAGCCCUACAAAUAUUGAGGAUAAAAGAAAUGAUAUUUACUUGAGACUGCAUGCCCUUUUAGUUUUGCUUGCAUGAUUGAGGAUGUCAUAUUUUAUUUUGCAAUGCUGAAUUAAAAGUUGCCAGUUAAAAAAAAUAAGAUAUUUAAGUUCACGUUUAUCACUGUUACAACUUUUUUACCAAAUUCAAUCCCAAUGUCACUGAUUGCCAAUAAGUUGUUUCUUAGCAGUAAAUAAUAUUUAAAACAAAAUAUAACUUUCAAUGAAUUUUUCCCAUAAAUUAUUUUAAAAAAUAAGAAUUUUUUUUGAAUUAUUAUAAAAAUAAAUUAGUCAUUUAAGGAUAAAAAGAUGUGUCAGUAUGAGUAAUUUUUUUUGUUGUUGUUUCUAGUAUUAUAAUUAUAUACUAAGCUGUAUGUGUUAUAAGAAAACAAUAUUUGUAAAAUGUUUAGAAAAACCUGAAAAUUAAAUGAAUAUAACUUUCUGGAAUGAUGCUUAUUUUAAUGUAUGUAUGUAUGCAUGCAUUGAUUCUUGAAAUUUUUUGGCAUUUAUUGUUUUAAGAAUGACUUUAGCAGAAACGUAUCUAAUAAUCUUAAUUUAAUACUACUAUAUCUCAUUUUUUAUGUGCUUUUGUAGUUGAAGGAUUUUUAUUUUAAAAAUUAAAAUUUUCAUUGUGUACAAAAUUUGAAACAUUGAUUUUUAUAAGAUUUGAGAUGUUAACCUUGUUCGUAUUAAAUCUCUUCUAUAUUUUAUGAACUAUCAAACAUUAUACAAAAUUGCAUUAUAAGUUAAUUCAGUUUUAUUUUCAAACUAUAUAAAGUCCAUUUGAACUUAACUUGAUGGAUAAAUAUAAUCAUAUGUAAAAAUUUUGUAAACUUUUUAAUUUUGAUGCUUGAAGAGCAAUUGAAAUAUUUGAGUGAAUUUAUUAAGAAUCCAUGUUAAAAGUUAAUGUUUUUUUCCCAAAAAGUUAAAUUUUAUUUGCCAGAUGGUUAAAAUUUACAAGGUGUCCACUCUAAUCAGGGCUUAUAUUUCAAUUAACGAAAGAACUUCUGGAAAGGUUACAAAAUCUAAAUCUUUAUACAGUGUAUGCCUCAGUCCUAUUCGUCUAAAUGUUUUUCAUACACUGACUUGCAUUGCAUAGUUUCCACUCUUUUGUAAACUAUAAUUAACUUGGUUUAGUUAUAAAAUUUUUGAAUUUCACAACUUUAAUCUAUUUUAAUACUUACCUUCAGAAAGAUCAUAUCAAUCAACAGAUACCACUUUUUUUAAAGUACAUGUUAAUUGGCAAAAAUAAAUUUUUUAAAAAAAAUCAGUAUUUCCUUAUUUUAUUUGCAUCCCCCCCCCCAAAUGAAUUUUUCUUUUAUUUAAAGUAUAACUAUAAAUAACUGCUCCUACCAGCCUCAAACGCACUUGACAAAAAGUAUAAGUGAAUUAAGAUUAUUUUUAGAUGACCAAUAGCAAUUGUAAUAUUAUGUUUCUUUUCAGCAGAAUAUUUAUUAAUUCAGACAACAUAUAACUUUAUUUCAUUUAAAGCAUUUUUCCAAAAAGAUGCUCAUAUGUAAUUAAGAAAACUGUUUAGAAAUUAACUGUUGGACCAUAAUUAUUGUGGACACCUGCAUAUCUCAUGCUUAAAAAUGUCUACAUACUAUAUUUCGUUUCUGUAUUAAACAUAUUUUAAUACUAUACUUUCCGGUCAUAUAAUAUAAUAGAACCAUCAUAUAAUAUAAUACUAAAAUCAAUUGGGUAUAUAAAUUUUAAGUUGAGAAACCAAAUUUCAGGUGCUUUUUAUUUUAAAAAAUAUGUCUACUUUACCUACAUGCUAUUGCUUUAAAGGUAUAAUACAAUAAUUCAAAGUGAAACAUAUCCAAUUUUCUUUACUGCCAUAUAGAAAUAAUUUCCAUUAUGCCAAAACCAUGACUCUUGCUAUCAACUUUAUUGUAUAUAUAUGUAUUUGUCUUGAAGGAGAAGCAGAUACUUUUUGUAGGGAAACAAUUCUCUACUAGGCUUGUUAAAAUUAUGUACUUGUUAACACUCUUUUUAUGUCUAAAAAUGUAUCAUAUAUAGAUUACAUUUCCACUGAUUUUACUUUUCUGUACCAUAAUACUUGUUAUAGCUCUAAAUAAUAAAAUACAUUAUU